UCCAAAUUCCAAUAUUCCAGCAUAAAUACUCCUUCCCCUUGAUAGUUUCAAUUCGAUUAAUUUUUCUCUCUCUCUUCAACUUCUAAUUUCCUGUCGCAAGCUCUGUUCUAUUCGCAGCAGAAAUCCAAAAUUUUCAGGAAGAGAGAAAGAGAGCAUGGGAGCUAACUACCUCAAGGAAGCCAUGAGCGAUGGCCUCGCGAUUUCUUCCAGAGACGAGAGAAGGUUCCUGAAGCACGUCCACGAUAACGUUCACGGCAACAUCUAUCUCGAUCCUCUCUCUUUGAAGUUUAUUGACACAGAACAAUUUCAGAGACUUCGUGAUCUGAAGCAGCUAGGAGUGUCAUACAUGGUCUAUCCUGGGGCUGUACAUUCUCGCUUUGAGCAUUCACUUGGGGUAUAUUGGCUGGCUAGUGAAGCUAUCAACAGAUUGAAGACUCAUCAAGGCUUGGAGCUUGACAUUGAUAAUUUUGACAAACAGACUGUCAAGAUUGCUGGUCUACUACAUGAUCUUGGUCAUGGACCAUUCAGCCACAUGUUUGAGCGUGAAUUUAUUCCAAGGGUUCUCCAUGGCCUGAAAUGUUCUUUAUUACCUGAAACCUUUUGGACCCUGUUGGAAGCUGUUCUCAACUGCUUAACUGCUAAUCAAGUUAAAUUAGGAAUGAUGUCUGCAGGUCUCAUGAAGAAAUGUCUCUGAAGAUGAUAGACUAUAUUGUAGACGAGCAUAACAUCGACAUUGAUUCUGACUUUCUUAAGAGAGUGAAGGUUUGAUUUGCUAAAUAUUAAUCUUGCAAUCUUACUGUUUGUGUUUUAGUAGG